AUGUUUAAACUCCUCAAAGACUUGACUAGAGCACCUGAACCUCUCUCUCGUCCACCGAUUCAAACUUCUCAAGACUCUUCCUCCCUUACACCGCCUUACGUCCCACGAGUCAGAGCCAACUCAAGAUCUGUUCCCUCAGUCGUCCAACAAUCUAGUACAACAUCGAACCGAGAUGACGAGGUCCCCCCUUCCAGGUCCAAUCCUGGCAUUGUUACGAAUAUAAAUGACGAGGUCUCAAGCGGGUCAGAUACAAACAAGGAAGGUAUAAAAAUCUCCAGAAAUGGGAAGCAGAAGCAGAUGCAGGAUCAGGAGCAGGAGGAAAAGAGUGAAGAUGGAAAAAGAGUUGUGGGACUUUUGAAUGAGUUGAAAGUAGGAAAUGGGAUUAUGGAUUAUGUAGAGGUAAUGUCGUUCAUAAUGCAGUCGAUGUCCACUCGGCGGGCUAAUCGAGGUUUAUCCCAGCUGCUGAGCAUACCUCCUAAUUCCCAUUCCAGAGGUGCGUUCAGAAGACACGAUGGAUUUCAAACUCUCUUCAUUGUUUUCAUAAAGGGAUUAUCAUGGAAAGAAUCUUCAAAGGGAAUGACAGAAGAAGAAAAACAAGUUGAAGAGGUACAAAGAUGGGAAGGAGUAAGAUUAGGGUUUGAAGUCUUAAGUUGGGCUCAAGAUAGAGAAGGGACUAAGUUUUUUGAGUCACAAGGCGGUUAUCUUUCAUUAUUACCUUCUUUAUACACUCUCGUUCCGCCUUCCAUCCCAACACCAUCCUCAUCUUCCGGACCUUCUAUUCAACCUCAUCGGAACGAUUCCAGAGGACCAAACGGAAAAGUUUUAUCCUACCUUCUUGCCCAUAUUCUCAAUAACAAUUACGCUCUUCUUUCGUUAUCUUUAUCGGAUCCUUGUCCAAAUUAUGGAGAAUUAUAUCUACGUUGGCCUCGUGCUCUUCCACUUUUAUGGUCUUACUUAUGGACUCAACCUUUGUCCCAUUCAUCAACCUUAGUCUCAGACAAACCCGAUGGAUGUGAUCAAGACGAACAAUACACUUUAAUAACACAUGGUCAUUUCGAAACGUCAAACCAACCAUCUGAUAAUCAUGCUAAGUUGGUAUUACGAUUCUUCCAAAUCCUUCUUCAGAUAAUUCAAUCUUCCACAGCUAAUUUACUCUCGGUACAUACUCAUUUACCGAGAUUGGCGGAAUUCCUUCUGAUUAGAUUGUACGGUCCGGACAUACCAAGAAAAUACGAUGUUACGUUCCCUCCAAGGGCAGAAUGGCAUGAAGGUGUAACAUCCCCCGUUUUGGUGGAAUGGAAACCUCCUUCGGAAGAAUUGAGAGGGAUUUAUUUGGAACUGUUAAGAAGGAUGUUAGAUGCUGGUGUAUCGCAAGAAAUCACUUGGAGAUUGUUCACUUUGGUCAAGACUCAACAGGAAUUCAAUUCCGGCCUAUCCACUUCAACGACCGGUGUCAAUGGUAAAUCUGAGUUAUCCUCGACAAAAUUGAACAAUAUCAAAGUACCCGUCGCGAUGAAAGGAAAGGAAAAGGAAAAGGGAAAGAUGAAAUCUCGAAAUGGUCCACUCCCACAUUUGACCAUAUUACCCUUGGAAGGCGCUCAAAAGGAAACUUUACGGUAUGAAGUCUUACAAUUGAUCAAAGAUUCCAUUCGUGCCAGACCUCCGAAUGCUUUCGUCUUCCGACCGGGUGAACGAGGAGGUUUGAUCUUACGAGAUUUAGGUAAAACUUGGGUAACGUCUCAAAAAGGAUUUAACUUUUCUUGUUGGAUUCAAAUCACAAAACUUAACGGUCCUUUAACUCUUUUACAUAUUUCUCAAUCCUCUCAUACUUUAUUGAAAAUCCGAAUUCUGGAAAAUUCUCAAAUUGGAAUAACCACACAUUCCCAUUCUCAUUCCCAUCCUCCCCCUCCCCCACACCCUCCCCCACAUCCUACUCAUUCCGAAAAUCAUGAAGAAGAAGAAGAAGAGGGAGAAGAAAUCGUAUGUCCAGCUCCAGACGCUUUGAUACCUCAUAAUCAAUAUACGCACUUUUCUCUAAAUAUGAGAAAAAGUAGGUCAGGAGAAUAUUCAGAGGUAAGGUUAUAUAUACAUGGGGUAAGAGUAGGAUCUAUGAAAGUAAGAUUUCCUAUCGUUUCAUCUAUGCCCUCUAAAGGACAUGAUGGGAAGUUACAUGUGAAAGAGGGUCGUAUAAGGGUUGUGGUAGGUGGAGAGGGGAGGGAGAGGAAGAUGAAGAGAGAAAUGAGGAGAGGGAAAGAAAUGAGGGAAGAAGAAAAUGAAUGGAUGUUGGCAAGAGCGUUGUUGUUGGAAGAUGCCAUACCGGAAGAUUUGAUUUUGUUAAUGUAUCAUUUGGGUCCUAGAUACACAGGAAACUUCCAAGAACCUCUCGGCAAAUUCUUAACUUACGAAGGAGCAGCAGCCAUCAACAUAUAUAUUUCUUCUCAAGCUCAAACAUCAGAAGAUAAAAGAAUGUUCACAUCUCCUGUAAACUCCAUUCUUGUUCGUGCUAUUCGACAAGGUCCAGCUAUACCAGAAGAAAACAUUUUGUUAUCUGUCUGUGCGAAAGACAUUCUUCAUGCUCAUCAUUCUUCCAAAAUCACUUGCCCACUUGUCGACACAUGUAUAAACGCAGCCAUGCCUCAUCCCGCUCGAGCAAAACAAGUCCGACAUGGUCUCAUCCAUCUUCAAGGUAAUGUCUUCCCUUCCGUGACUAUGUGUUUGGAUGAAGCGGUGGGAAUGGUAGGUGGGGGAAUUGUGGUGUUGAAGAUGAUUGACAUGGCUCAGAAUUCGGAAGAGUUGGCGGAUUCGUUGGGCAUAUUGAGAGAUAUGAUUAGAAGUAGUUGGGCUGCUAGUGAAGAGAUGGAGAGGAUACAUGGCUUCGAAUUACUCGCCGCUUUGCUGAGACCUAAGAUGCUCAAUAUGGUCGACGUUCAGUGUACGAAGAUAAUCUUGUCUAUGCUUGGGAUCAACAUGGAUCGUCCGGCUAUCGCCACCGUGCACAACUCGGUGGCCUAUCGCACCAUCGGUCUUGAAUUUGAACUUUGGUCUCUAGCACCUCUCGGUAUCACCUCCUUAUAUCUUCAACAUUUCGAAUACCUUCUUUCCACAUCCCGUCAUGCACGUUACAACCUCUUGAGAACAUUCCAACGUUCUUCGAUGAUCAAAAAGCUCUUACAUACACUCCGAUCUAAUUACUUCGAUCCCGCUGUCAUUCCCGUCGUGGUCGAUACUCUACGUUUAGUCCUUUCCGCCCGUUGGUCAAGUGAAGAUUCCAUCAAACCUGUCUUCUCUUAUCUAGUUUCAGGAUUAUGUCAACAAAAUACCGGUUUUUUAGAUCCUUCCAUUGAACCUCUACCUUCACAACAAGCUCCUUCAUUGAUACUCAACAUGAUGGCUCAAUUACUUCAUACACCUCAAAGAUUGAUAAAGCUCAAUAAAUCAAUAGCUCUACAUAGAUUAUUGGUAGUUUUCAUAUCUAGCAAUUCAACAUAUUACGUCAUCAUUCCAUGUUUAGAUAUAUUAGAGAAAAGUAUGACUACAAAAGGUAUGGAAACUUUUCAAAGGAGUUUUGAAUCCGAAGGUGGUUUCGCUUUGUUAGCUAGGACUUUACCUAGUAUUUGGAGGAAAGAUAUACAAGAAUAUGUUUUGAGGAUGAUGUUAGGUCCGGAAGAUAAUAGAGAGGGUAAGAAUGUUUUGGCUUGUCCACAAUUGUUAAGUUGUGUAAUGUCAACUUUGGAGAUUUUGUUACAAGUUGGUGGUGAAGAGGAUAGCCCGACAAGACCGAUGAAUAGUAGGACAAGAUCUGGGACUGUGACUUCUCUAAGGUCUGUGAGGAUGUCACCUAUCAUCACAACCGAUACCAGGCCUGAAUCCUCUUCCCUAUUCGACCUUCUCACCGAGCUCACGACCAUCUAUCGCACUUCCCAUCCAUUCCGACGAAAUCUCACUGGUCGUAGAGUAGAAACAAUGUUACCAUCCCUGGCCGAAUUUGCAGCCGUUUCCGCUUCUGGUCCCAGUCAGAUAGUCUCUCCUCAAAGAGCAGCAGCCAGAGCUUGGCUUCUCGCCUUGAUCGAAAUGUCCAAACUCCCAAGAUCAUUGAUAACGCAGAUGAACCUCAUCGUCGAACAACUUGGAUCACCCCUACAAUCGUCAAGUUCUUACGUACCUCAAUCACCAUUGGCUUCACCAAGUUCCAUUUACUCAGCCACGUCACCGAGACAGACAUCGAUGUCUGGGUCGUAUUUCGGCUCACCGCUCUCUGGCAAAGGGUUCACACCUAGUUCGCCGGGAUUGAGAAGGAGACCCUCGACAGAUGCUGGAUUGACAAUGACUCGUCAGAGAUCAUAUGGUGACAAAAGAGAAAAGAGAACACCGUUGAAGCGGGUUUUGACUAAUGAAAGUGUGUUGGAAGGUGGCAGGGAUAAAAAUGCAGCUUGGAAGAUGAUCAUCAUACAGACUGACGCCCAGACACACGCCAAAUCAACGAUAGAAAGGAAAGAGUACUGGACACGUAUCUCCUCCCAAGACUGGCCACGACACGCAGCUGCCUUACGCACUGAAAAUGGCCUUUGGCCAGACGAUAUCGGCCCUGCUCCCUGGCGCUUGGACGGGAGUGAAGGACCUCUACGAAUGCGUAAUCGACUUGAAAGGGUCAACGCAAUUCCAGAACAAGGUACCACGAGAGGAAAGUCGAAAUUGAGGGAUGCGAUACCUUCUGUGGACGAACUAUCCUCGGCGGUAUCAAGGAUCAACGUGGCGCCGUGGGAAGACCCGUUCGCUCUGGCGUUGGGUCAGGCGGCGGUCAUUGCUGAGGAGGGUGAGUCUGGAAGUUCACCUUCCCUAUCCUCUCGAUAA